AACGGUUAUAUUUUUUGUUCGAAGUGAUUUGAAUAACGAUCGAUCAAAUGCACAAUGAUUCCUAGAGGAAUAUAAAAUGUGUUUUUCAUUUUAAUAAGGCCUUGUAUCCACUUGCGGUGCAUAAUUUUGUUCUACACGAGUCCUCUUGAUUCGGUAACAAAUACGGGUCAUUUUUCACUAUCACAUUGAAUUUCAAAUAUGUCUUUAUAAGCGGGGGCUAUGUUGUUUUGUGGACUAUUUUGAAACGAAAGCUUGUGGAAGUGGUUUAGUGCUUUGGAAAAGGAACCUGGAGCCGAAAAAUGAGAAACUUCAGUGUAUUCACAGCGCGGUUGGCAACCCUACUGGUAUUGCACGCGGGCGGCGCAGGGCUGGCCUCACCCACGGUAGUGACCCGGCCUGCAAGUGCACAGUGGCUACCCACAGACAACCAAACUGUCUAUACGUUACCUCCGGGAGAACUUCAAAGUUUGGAGUUAAACACCUCAUCGAUAUCAGCCCCCGUGUACGUCACAGUGAGCCCGUGUACCACCGACGUACGCUGGGCCCUUUUUAGGGGCCACAUCGGAAAUAUUGAUGAUCAACUGACAUUUGUGAACGAAUAUAUUGGUCGACAGAUGACGACACUAGCAAUAAGCGUAUCGCAGAACGAGAGAUACGUGUUACAGUUAUUUUCAGAAGCAGGAGGAGCGGCGGCGGUGAGCGUGCGUGGCGAGGCGCCGCGCACCGUGCGCUUAAGACUGCGCGUGCGAUCCAGACGGAGGCUCUCUGCCAACUGGGACCCUAGCCCGAUAGACCCACAAACCACGAGCUAUUGCAUCGUGGCAUCACAUCGCACGAACUACACAUCGCUCUGCGCAGCCCAGUACGACUCUAAACCUAGCACGGAUUGUAGACUGACGAACAAGAGAAACAGAACUGCAGGAAACAGAAUUGAAGAUGUCUACAAUAUUUAUGAAGGGAAUUUCAAGAGCGUUUACAGAAGACGGAAAUUCAGUCGCAGUACAAAGGUGUCGGAUGAAGAUCCAUUGGUGGCCUGCGUUGGGGACAGAACGCAUCAUUUGAUCGAGAACCUGGACCCUAGUACAACAUACUUUGUGAGUGUUUUUGCCGUCGCCCGCGACCGCAGGGCAGGAUCCCUGCUCGCUACAGGCAGCGUCCGCCCGAGGACAUCUACAGCGAGGAGGUUACGGGAAAAUACACCUUAUAGAGCAGACAUUAGGGGCAAAAGUGUCUUCUAUUUUAAGUCAUCCGUGGGCUCUCCUCUCUGGCUCUCCGUGGCAACAUGCGGCGGUACAGUGGAUGUCGAGGUCCUAGUGAGAGGCAAGCAGAUAUACGUCGCCAGGAAUAUAGAUCGCUACCUCAAAUUCUCCGCGGACGCUUCAACUUCGAUUCAGGAGACCAGCGAUGAAGGUUCCGUGCAGUUUGACUCAAGUUCUGAAGAGGCUAAGAUGCGAUAUGUGGUCAGGGUCCUACCUAGCCGGUGGGACCAAGAGGAUGUUGGGAUUGAGCUGACAGUAUCUACAUCCCGCUGGGGCAUCAUUGAGCCGGAAUUGUCGGACGAUAGUGCGACAGUGCGAGAGCUGAGGCCGAAGCGCACCUGCUCGUCCAUCGACAUCGCCUUCUUGCCAGCUACGCACUACGCCAAUGACGUCAUCAGGGCAUCAUUGAGCCGGAAUUACAUCAACACAUCAAUAUCCCACUGGGGCAUCAUUGAGCCGGAAUUGUCGGACGACAGUGCGACAGUGCGAGAGCUGAGGCCGAAGCACACCUGCUCGUCCAUCGACAUCGCCUUCUUGCCAGCCACGCACUACGCGAAUGACGUCAUCAGGUACUGCAUAGUUGCUCGAGAGACAAGCAGCGGAGACCUGUACUCUUGCGCAUCAAAGCGAGCUUCGAAAACUUGUAUUAACCGCGUGCAACGGCCGCCAUCGCGAGUGAUAAAGCAGAAAGUGACCGGACUGAAGACUGGAAGAAAAUACGCCGUACAAGUGACAGCCUCAAGCAAAGGAAUAUCUGUGCCAUACAAAACUUUGUACAUCGACUACUCUUGCGCAUAA